AUGUCCGGAAAGGUGGAGAUCGUCGGAGAGGAGCCGACUCCGGCCCGGGAUGAGGACAUCGAAAAGAUCCCCGCACGGGUGAACAACCCGGAGCACAAGAUCUCGGAUCAGAUAUCCCACGAGAAGCUGGAGGAGCUGGCACCCAAUGGAGAAGGAGAGUACAUUCUAGAAAGGAUCAAUGAGAUGACGGAGGAAGAGGCCAUUGAGAUUAUCGAAGAAUCGGUGGAGUUCUUCAAGGACGACUGGAACUUCCCCUCCGACAUGAGGGAGAGGAUGAAAAGGCUGCUCGAAGGACCAAAGAAGUACGGUGAAAACUACGACCGCGACUUGAGAAUCGACGCCGUCAUGAUCCGCUUCUCCUCGCCAUACCCCGGUGUUCGCGCCGUAGCCGAGAUUUUGGACGAUCAGAGCGUACCUAUUGAGACCUUCCGCGCAUAUUUCUUAGGUAUAGGCUGGGCCGUCAUCGGAACCUUUAUUUCGACCUUCUUCAACUCGAGGUUCCCCGCCAUCAGUUUGAGCGGUCAGGUCAUCCAGAUCUUGCUGUUCCCGUGCGCCAAGGUCCUCGAGUUCAUUCUCCCCGACUGGGGCAUCACCGUGCGCGGCACCCGACACUCCUUGAACCCUGGGCCUUGGAACUUCAAGGAGCAAAUGUUUGCGACAAUCACGUACAACAUUGCCAUCUACACCACCAAUAGUUACGGCAUGAUCCUUGUGCAGAAGUCACCAGUCUACUACGGUCUCCAUUUCGUCAACUUUGGAUAUCAGCUGAUGCUCACCCUCUUCGUGCAACUCAUGGGAAUGGGGUUCGCUGGAUAUCUCAGACGGUUCAGCGUGUACCCCGUCAAGGCCCUCUGGCCGACGAUCCUGCCGACGAUUGCCAUGAACAGAGCCCUGACCAGGCCGGAACCCCGGGAGAACAUCAACGGGUGGACCAUCUCGAGAUACAAAUUUUUCUACGUCUGCACCAUCUGCAUGUUCUUCUACUACUGGUUCCCGGGCUACCUCUUCACAGCUUUGGCAACGUUCAACUGGAUGACCUGGAUAUCACCCCAGAACGUGACCCUUGCCAUAAUCACAGGCUCCUCGCUCGGUUUGGGCUUGUUCAACCCCAUUACCACUUUUGACUGGAACGUUGCGACAUCGUCUUACGCCGCUUUGGCUCAGCCGUUCUUCGCAACGUGUACAAUGUAUAUCGGUGCCAUACUGGGCGGGGUCAUCAUCAUCGGCAUCUACUACACCAACAUGUACAACACAGCUUAUCUCCCGAUCAACUCCUCCUCUGCGUUUGCAAACGACGGCACCCCGUACGUGGUUCAGAAUGUGGUAUUCAAUAAUAAACUCAACGAAACCGCAUACCAGGAGUACUCUCCCCCGUUCUACUCGGCUGGCUAUCUCCUGACGGUCGGCGCCAACUACUGUUUUUACCCAAUCUACUUUUUGUACAUCAUGGGAAACCAAUGGAAAACAAUCUCUCAAGCAUACAUCGACUUUUACAAGGGACUGCGUCACGGAAGGGGUAAUUUUGAAGGCGCCAUGGACAUCCACAGCAGACUCCUCGCGAAGUACCCUGAGGUACCAGACUGGUGGUUCCUCAUAAUCCUAGUCGCAGCCAUCGUCGUCUCGGUCAUAUUCCUCAACAUCUACCCCCUAGGCACCCCGGUCUGGAUCGUCUUCCUCAUGAUCGCCAUCAACCUCGUCUUCGCGGUGCCUCUCUCCUUCCUCUCCGCCACCACGGGCACGAACCUCGGGCUCGGCGCUCUGAUCCAGGUCAUCACCGGCUACCUCCUCCCCGGCAACACAAACGCCUUCCUCUUCUCCCAAACCCUGGGGUCCUGGGCGCUCGCGGGCUACGGCGACAAUUACGUCCAGGAUCAGAAGAUGGCGCACUACGCCAAGAUUGCCCCGCGCGCGGUGUUCCGAAGCCAGAUCGGGACGAUUAUUAUUACCUGCUUCGUGGCCGUGGCUACGCAGAACUUCAUCUUGGAUAACGUCAAGGGGCUAUGCACCCCGACGCAGCCCAGUAGAUUCACUUGUGCCAACGACGGUGCUCCUCUCUACACGAACAGCUUGAUGUGGGGUCUUCUCGGCUCGGAGCGCAUGUUUGUGUCCUUCUAUCCUAUCCUCAAAUGGUGCUUCCUCUUUGGAACUCUCAUUGCCAUCGUCUUCUUGGUUGGCCAAGGCUACGGCCCAAAGUACCUUCCUGGGGUCCGAGAAAAGUUGCGGCGCAAUCUAAACCCCAAGACAUUUGCUCGUCUGGAUAGGACGCUCUUCCCCUUUGUGGCUUCGCUGCUAUGGUUGAACCCGGUCCUUGUCAUCCAAGGCAUCCAGCAUUGGGCACCAUCUAAUCUGUCAUACAAAACGCCUGGUUUCAUCCUCGGAUUCAUCUUCAUGUACUGGCUUCCCAGACAUCGCUUAGCCUGGUGGGAAAAGUACAACUACGUCCUGUCAGCUGCCCUGACUGCUGGAGUCGCUGUUUCGGCGCUCGUCAUGUUCUUUGCCGUUGGAUACAACCCAAUCUCCCUGAAGUGGUGGGGAAACACGGUCAGUGGUGCUGGAGUGGACGGAUCUCAGAUCGGAAUUCUCCCCAUCCCUGAGAGAGGAUACUUUGGGCCCGAGAAGGGUAGCUUCCAAACGUAA